AUGGAAGAGUCAGACAUGAACAGGCAUGGGAAGGAUGAAUUGGGGCAGACGCUCAUGUCAUGGUGGUUCCGCCCAAGUCCCAAGGCGAGGCGACGUAUCGCCGUCCGCCUGUACCCAUUGCGAUGGGAUACUGUCAAACUACAGUUUGAGCCUUGA